GUUCGCUAAUCCGUCAGCUGUCAAAAUUUAUGUAGUGAAAAAGUAAACAAAUAACAAAGUAGUAAAAUGGACUGCAGUGACCACAAUGAGCCGCCGGAAAGUCUCAAGCACAUUCAGGCUUUCAUGCAAUUGCCGCCACUGGACGAUAGUAACGCAUUUAAAUAUCUUGAACAUUUGAAAGCGCUGCGUAAUCUUUGUGCUGCUGAUCCGACACAUCAGAAUGUUAUCGCCGAGCAUGACCAAUUCAAUGGCCAACUGCAUAAAUUGCUAUUUGAUAGCACGAGUUUACCCCAAAAUAUUCAACUAAUGGCGCUGCAAUUACUUGCUAAUGCUAUUGUACAAAAUUCCAGUUCGCAGCGCAAAAUUUGGUAUCAUUACGGCGAAGCAAUUGUUGAAUGCUGUCACAAACCACCGCUGGGUCGUCAUACUGAUAUACUCCUUAUGAUAGUGUACAAUGUCUUGAAAAGUGCUGCCGUGUUGAAUAUGGAACAACAGUCACUGAGUGUAGCAGUUCGCGUUUGGCAAUCCAUUGUGCAGGAGCGAAGUGAAGUCAGCUAUGAAUUCCUGCAUUUUCUUUUUGAACAUUUUAUCGUAUAUGGUGGGCACAAUACAGUGCGUUAUUAUGCACAUUUAACGCCUACGGAACGAAUUUCAUUCCUAGAGUACUUGGUGAAUUACCUACGUCAAGAUAGUCCGAACGGGCGUGUACAUCCAUUUAUUUUAAAAUAUAUUACUAAAGAGUUCAACAUGAAGUCUGAUCGAAUCCUGGUUUGCCAGCCUAAUAAUGCACAAGCGCCCACAACUGAUCCGCUGCCUGCGCGAGAAGCUUAUGCUAUUUUGCGUGUUAUUGCCAGCGCGUCCGGAAGCGAAUUAUAUGGAGAUAAAUAUGCUGAUGAACACUCGCUUUUUUUGAAUGUCAGCAGCCUGUUGCGAUGUCUCGCACAAGUGGGCAAGCAAUCGCAAAAUAUUUUCACACCAAUGAGCAAAUUAGAAGAAGUAGCACUCACUUCAAACAUUUCCAGAGAUUUCGAGGCGGAGGUCUCAUUUGAGUUGAAAACCCUAUUAGUACGGUGCAUUGCGAAUUUACUCUAUAAAAAUUCGACCAAUCAAGGUUAUUGCAUAGACACUCAACUGUUGCCAACUCUGUUGGAAUGUACCAAUAUGGAUGCACGAAAUCCACUUCUUAAAGAGUGGAGUAUCUUGGCCAUACGCAAUGCUUGUUUUGGCUGUCCGGAGAUACAGGCAAUGAUUGCCAAUAUGACCAACCAAGGAACUGCGCAAAAUGAUAUUAUUGACGAGUUGAAUUUGGAUAUGGGCGCCUUGCGCAUAAAGCCCAGUCGGGGAUGAGCAAUUAUGACGAAAAAGCCAACACACAUCAGCUAAAGACCUAUGUUGCUAUUACGAUUUAAAUAAAUGCAUGUCAAAGACAAAAUCCUUUGGUUA